AUGGGAAAGAAUAUAAUAGCUGGUAGUAUAAGUAGCUCAAUUCAUAAAAGUUAUGAAAUUGGAUCACAAAUUGGAAAUGGAAAAUUUGCACAAGUUCACUCUGGUACAAAUAAAAGUACAGGAAAGAAAUCAGCAAUUAAAAUUAUGAAAAAAUCAAUUGUUGAAGAAUCUGCAAUAAUUAAAGAAAUUGAAAUGAUGACUGAAAUUAAUCAUCAAAAUAUUAUUAAAUUACAAGAAGUUUAUGAAACUGACAAUGAAGUUUUAUUAGUUUUGGAAUUAGUAACAGGUGGUGAAUUAUUUGAUAAAAUUGUUGAAAGAGAAUUUUAUACAGAACAAGAUGCAUCAACGUUGAUUGGAACAGUUACAAAAGUGAUUCAAUAUUUACAUUCAAAAGAUAUUGUACAUUGUGAUUUAAAACCAGAGAAUUUAUUAUAUUCUGAUAAUAGUGAUCAAGCAAUUAUAAAGUUAUGUGACUUUGGAUUAUCACAACGUUGUGGAUCGGGUAGUCCAUUAAGAUCAUUGGUUGGCACAUUGACCUAUAUGGCACCAGAGAUAUCGUCAUGUACGGGCUAUGGCAAACCAGUGGACCUUUGGAGUAUUGGUGUUAUCUCUUAUAUACUUUUAUGUGGUUUUCCACCAUUUGAUGAAACCACUGGUUACGUAUUGGAAUUUCCAUCACCAGAAUGGGAUAACAUUUCAGAUUCCGCAAAAUCAUUAAUUAAAGGUUUACUAAAUAAUGAUCCAUCAAAAAGAUUUACAAUUGAUCAAACUUUAAAACAUCCUUGGAUAGCUGGUACAACUUGUGGUAAGAAUUCAAUUGUUGGUACUUUGAAAACUUUACGUGAAUUCAAUACCCUCAGAAGAACAAAUGGUGGUAAUACAACAAUGGGUCAUAAUAAACAAUCAAGAUCAACUGUUUUUGAAUUAUUUCCAUCAUUAACUCCAAUUAAAUCAAAUGAUGAAAAUAAUAAUAAUAAUAAUAAUAAUAAUAAUAAUAAUAAUAAUAAUGAAAUUUUAGAUAAAAAAUCAAAUGAAAAUGAAAAUGAAAAUGAAAAUGAUAAAAUUAAAAUUAAUUUAGAAUUAAAUUUAAAUAAUAAUGUAAAUAAUAAUAAUAAUAAUAAUAAUAAUACUGUAAUUUUAGAAAAUAAUAAUAAUAAUUUAGAAAAAAUAUCAACAACAAAAACAACAACAACAACAUCAACAAUUAAUGAUUCAAUUAAUAAAACUAAAAUUCAAUUAAUGAAUUCAUUAGAUUUUGAAAAUGAUAGUUCAUCAUCAGAAACUUAUUCAUCAUCAUCACCAAUUGAAAAUGGAGGAGGUGGUGGUGAUAAAUUUACAUCACCAGAACUUUCAUCACUUUCAAUAGAUUUAGGAUGCGCAUCAGAUCAAUUGAAUUCUGAUAAAGAAAAAAUUAUUGAACAAUUAAAAAAUGAAAAAUCUUUACUUCAAAAAGAAUUAUUAGAAAUUAAAAGACAAUCACCUGUACCUUCACCAUCUUCUUCAUUCUUAAAUAAUCAUUUACAACAACAACAUAAUAACAAUAUUAAUAAUAACAAUAAUAAUAUUAAUAACGGCGGUUCAACUAGUAUCAAUAAUGGUAAUGGUACAAUUGAAAGACAAUUUAGACCAAUUCAUAUGUCAAAAGAUAGUGAUAGUGGUUCUUAUGAAAAUUUAUUACUUGGUACAAGUCCAUUUGUUAAAAAUCAUAAUAAUAAUAAUAUUAAUAAUAAUAAUAAUAACUUUUGUCAUAGUAGAAAUAGUAGUUUUGGUUAUGGCAAUAGUUACAAUAGUAGUAAUGGCGGCAGCGGCUGUAGUAGUAGUAGCGAUGAAUCAACUGGUGGUUCAUUUAAAAAAGAUAAAUCAAAAUAUGGCGUUGAUAGAAUUUGUUUGGAUUUACAAUCUGAAUUUGAAAAAUUAUCAUUACCAAAAGAAACUAUGGAUAAAUUAGCAAGCGUAUUAUCAAAUUAUAAACAAAAAAAUCAAGAAAAAUCUCUAAAAGUUAAAUAUGAAAAACAAAAAGAUAAAUAUAAAAAAUUAAAAUCUCAAUUAAAAAAAGAUAAAUCUUUAUUAAAAUAA